GGAGCCCCCGCGCAGGAUGCUGCGUUUUUUGCGCAGGACCUUCGGCCGGCGGUCGAUGCAGCGCUACGGGCGCGGCGGAGGCGGCGGCGGCGACGAGCGGGACGGGGCCGGGGCAGCCUCGCCUCUCGGCGCGCCGCACCACGGCCAGGGGGGGGCGCUGCAGUGCCGGGUGCACCUCCUCGACGGCGCCGAAGUCAGCGUGGAGCUGCCGAAACAUGCAAAAGGGCAAGAUUUGUUUGACCAGAUUGUGUAUCACUUGGAUCUCGUUGAAACGGAUUACUUUGGCCUUCAAUUCAUGGAUAUGUCCCAGGUGAUGCACUGGCUGGACCUCUCGAAACCCAUCAAGAAGCAAAUAAAAAUUGGGCCGCCCUAUGUGUUGCACUUUCGAAUCAAAUACUAUUCAUCAGAACCAAACAAUCUUCACGAGGAAUUCACAAGGUACCUGUUUGUAUUGCAGCUGAGGCAGGACAUUCUUUCGGGAAAGCUCAAAUGCCCUUAUGAAACCGCAGUGGAACUCGCAGCCUUGUGCCUCCAAGCUGAGCUUGGUGAGUGUGAACAUCCCGAACACACUCCAGAACUUGUGUCGGAAUUCAGAUUUACUCCGAACCAAACAGAAGCAAUGGAAUUCGAGAUUUUUCAAAAGUGGAAAGAAUUCAGGGGGAAGAGCCCCGCGCAGGCUGAAAUGUGCUACUUGAACAAAGCCAAAUGGCUCGAGAUGUACGGGGUAGAUAUGCAUGUUGUUAAGGGACGAGAUGGUUGUGAGUAUGCUCUCGGGUUGACGCCAACCGGUAUCCUCAUCUUUGAAGGCGCAAACAAGAUAGGCCUGUUUUUUUGGCCAAAAAUCACUAAAAUGGACUUCAAGAAGAGCAAGCUGACACUUGUAGUGGUGGAAGACGAUGACCAGGGUAGAGAGCAAGAACACACGUUUGUUUUCCGACUAGACAGUGCUAAAACAUGCAAGCACCUAUGGAAGUGUGCGGUGGAACACCACGCCUUCUUCCGGUUGCGCACGCCAACGAACACGAAGUCUAGCCGUUCAGAUUUUAUUCGGCUUGGUUCCCGCUUCAGAUUCAGUGGGAGAACAGAGUACCAGGCAACGCAUGGAUCCAGGCUACGCAGAACCAGCACGUUUGAGAGGCGGCCUAGCAAGCGGUAUCCCUCUAGAAGGCACUCCACCUUCAAAGCCAACAACCCUAUGAAGUUAUCUCCACUUUGUGCUAAAAAUAAUCCCGAAGUCCAUAACUAUCAGCCCCUGUACCACCCAAAUAUGCACCUGGGCCAGUCACACUGGCACCCCCAUCCACCUGUGAAUGUCAGGCCACCCUAUCAUGAUGAGAAACUGUAUUGGAAGCCCACGGGCGAGGACAGCCAUUUUCGGUAUAUCCAGGAACAGAACGAGAAGAACUUGGGUGGGCUCCAGAGUCUGUUGUACCAGGAUAAGCUCAUGACAACCCUUUGAAAAGACAUCGGGAUUUCGUGUUCCAUCUUCUGUCUUCAUUACAUUCCAUGAAAUGUUGUCUGUGUGUGUUGCAGAUGAGUUGUAGAAGUGGGGUUGUGAUCCAUACAGCGCUCCCCAGAUUCUCUUGUGAGUGAUUGUUCCUAGAACUUGGGAAAGGGUGAAGGCAUUCCACUGCCUGGAAAUCUAGCCUCUUGUAGUUCACUUAUUCCCCACUCCAAGUUUUUGUAUGGCAAUCUCAUCUUGAUUCCUUGCCACGUAUGUGUUGAUGUAGCACUCACAGCUAAUCCCUUUUAAUGUCUAGUCUCUCUUUUCUGCGCUUUGAGUGACACAAGAAUUGGGAAAAUUGUAGUUAUCAAGCGUGACUUAAUGGCCAGUGAUAAAGGGAUCCAGGAGACGAAUCAGAAGUUCAAACAACCCUCUGUUUUAUCUGUUUUAGACAUGCUGGUUCUCGUGCCAUAGCUAACAAAUGUCAAGAAACCUCUAGAGUUGAUUUUACAUAGUCCGUCCAUUUGGAUUUUAGUGAUCUUCAUCAAUGAUACUAUACUUGGCUGCUAUAAUGUGGCAUCUCUGUGAUGUUAAACAGUGCCUUAAUAAUUGGUGGGACUGUCUUUCAGUAGACUGCGGCGGGAGGGGAGGGGAAGUGACAGAAAGGAAAAAACAUCACAGGCAAGUGGAGCUUUUCACAGUAGACAAUGUUCAAGCACCGUUUCUCUCUUCGGAUCUCCAUGGCUGUAAGUGUGGGGCUGAGUCUUGGGCUCCUCGACUCCCUCCCUGACCUUCCAGCCCCACUUAGGGAGGGGGGGCAGAGGGGGCACACCCAAGAUCAGCCCCCAACCCCCACCCUCUCUCACCAUACAAAAGUCUGAACAGCUCCCAAGAGGGGUUGAUAAAGGAUAGUUUAGACAAAUACAUUUUGAAGUGGAGUAUGAAUAAAUCAAAAGACAGAUAUAUAUUCUGCAUGCUCAGGUUCCUUAAACAAUCACAAUUUCCUAAGUUUUUUAAAACUCAGAUAUGGAAAUGACCAUGCCAGCUUUAGCUAACACUUUUUUCCCCUGACCUUAAAGCUGUGAUCUGUUGAAGUUGAUCAGAAUGAAUAUCUUUGUAUAUCAGAAGUGCUAGUGUUUUUAAUAUGAUUUUAAUUAAUCUAAAUUUAUAAAUAGGAGUAAGUCUAAGAGCAAAUAUGUGAAAGUUUAAUUUUUUAUUUAAAGUAUUUUACAGAUGCUAUUAUGACAUUUGUUUUAAUCUUUGUAUGUGCUAAGUACAAAUAAUAAUAAAUAUGGAUAUUUUCAUUUGCCCUGGA